AAGCUCCGCCCCCCAGACUACACGAGGAGCUGCUGCUGCUGCAUAAAUGAACCCUGCGAUGGCGUCUGCUGAUGUGAGACAGGAGCUGGUCUGUUGCAUCUGCCUGAGCAUUUAUACAGAUCCAGUAACCCUGAGAUGUGGCCACAACUUCUGCCGGGUCUGUAUUGAUCGUGCGCUGGAUACACAGGAGGGGGCUGGAGUUUAUAACUGUCCUGAAUGCAGAGCAAAGUUCAGAAGACGUCCUGCACUGCAGAGGAACAUAACGCUGUGUAACAUAGUGGGGAGUUUCCUGUCUACUCGGACAGAUCAGGAGGAGACUGGAAUCUUCUGCACUUACUGUGUGGACUCUCCUGUACCUGCUGCUAAAUCCUGUCUGCUGUGUGAGGCUUCUCUGUGUGAUAAACACCUGAGAGUACACAGCAAGUCAGCAGAACACAUCUUAUGUGAUCCCACCACUGCCCUGGAGACCAGGAAAUGCUGCAUCCAUAAGGAGAGCUACAGAUAUUACUGUACUGAGGACGCUGCCUGUAUUUGUGUGGCCUGCUGUCUGUUGGGGGAACACAGAGGACAUCAACUGGAGUCUCUGGAUGAGGCCUCUGAGAAGAAGAAGGAGAAGCUGAGGAAUGUUCUGCAGAAACUGACCACAAAGAGAGCGGAGGCUGAGAAAAGAGCCCAGAGUCUGCAGGAGCGCAGGAGAGAAGAUCAGAGAAACGCAGCUGGAGUAACAGAGACAGUCACUGCCCUGUUCAGAGACAUCAGGAGACAGCUUAAAGACAUGGAGAAGAGAGUCCUGAGUGAGAUCUCCAGGCAGGAACAGCGCUAUUCACUCUCAGUCUCUGAUCUGAUCCAGCAGCUGGAAAUAAAGAAGGACGAGCUGUCCGGGAAGAUGCGUCACAUUGCAGAGCUGUGUAACAUGUCUGAUCCAGUGACUGUCUUACAGGAACCAGGCACAGGGGACUUGUGUGAUACUGAGGACACAGAGACACAUGAUACCCAGGUCCGCGGUGCAGGAGAUCUGGAUUUGGGUCUCAUCUCAGGGACAUUACACAUAUUAUCUGGUAUAAUAACAGGUAUAAAUACAGGGAUCUAUGUGCAGGAGGCUACAGACCUAUUACUGGAUGUAACCACAGCUGGUUAUUAUUUACAGAUAUCAGGUGACAGGAAAACUGCAUCAUGGUCAGAUAUAGACCAGAAUCACCCGGUAACACCAGAGAGAUUUCAGUGUGAUCAGGUAAUAAGCAUCAGGGGAUUCUUCUCAGGGCGACAUUACUGGGAGGUGGAUGUCAGUAAGUCAGUGUGGUGGAGGGUGGGGAUGUGUUACCCCAGUAUGGACAGGAGAGGACGUCUGUCAGACUUUGGUAAUAAUAACAAGUCCUGGUGUGUGUGUAGGUGUAAUAAUCAGUACUCAGUGAUACAUGACAGUAGAGAGAUUCCGUUACCUGACAAUAUCCCCUGUGACAGAGUGAGGGUGUAUCUGGAUUAUGAGGCAGGACAGCUGUCCUUUUAUUCUCUGUGUGACCCCAUCAGACACUUACACACCUGCACUGCUGCCCUCACUGAGCCCCUCCAUGCUGCAUUAUAUAUAUGGGGUGGGUGUAUAACUAUAUGUGGGGGAGUCGGGAGCUGGGAGAUAUUACCAUAAGAAAUCUGCCCAGAGAUUGGUGACAUCACAGGGAGGGGACUAUGAUUGGUGGAACAUUCAGCCAAUAGAAUGAAGCAGUGGGUGGAGGUACAGCUGAGCCCUCCCCCUGUGUGAGCAGGUGACCAGUGUCUGGCUAUGUUCCCACGUUGGGGUGUUAGAAGCAGUCAGUAUACACAGCGCUAUAUGUCAGGAAGAAUAGGCUCAGGGACGCCGGGUCUGGGGGUGGAGAUAUUGAUUGUAUAUAAUUUUGUUGUUGUUGCAAAGUAAGGUGUUCCAUGUUCCAUGACUCAAUCCAGCUCCUGCCCUCUGAUUGGCUGCCAGCCUGUCUCUCACACACAGUCAUGAUGAUACAGGCUAGCAGCCAAUCAGGGGGCAGGAGCUGGACUGUCGCUGCAUAAUCCACUGUAUGGUACUUACCCGUCACCAUACAGUGCUCACCUUCUCCCUCCCCCGGCUGUAGCAGUAAAUACAUUUUGGCCCAAGACAGGUUCAGGAGCGAUAUUCCUGAUGAUGUCAUAGAUAAUGAGAGGCUCAGGAAGCGUUCCUGCUGAGAGAUAGCCCUGAUUAUACAUAUGUAACUGUACAUCUCUGUGGAAUUUCUCCACCUCUGACUCACUGACAGCUGUGAUUGGCUGCAAUAUCUGUCUGUCAGCCGGUUUGCAGCCUAUCACUGUAGUUGGUGUGCUUGCUCCUAUUGGCUGUGAUGUAUUAACUUGAUAUCUGUAUCACAUGUAAUACAAAUCACAUGUUAUACAAAUAGGGAUGGCCAUCGGUGGGUUACCCAUUGAUGGUCACCAUCGAUGGUACCAUUGAUGGGUAGUAUCGAUGGUGUGACACCAUCUGCAUGGGGACCAGUGAUGGUUUCACCCACCGAUGGUCAACCCUUCUUUACUAUGCAAUAUGCCACGGGCCAAUGAGAGCCUGGGGGUGGAGCUUUGCAGGAGUGCCGGUGGUGGAGCUAAGCUCCGGAUCCCAUUACCUUGCGGAAAUUUAUAUAUAUAUAUAUAUAUAUAUACAGUGUAUAUAUAUAUAUGCGAUCACUGUGUAUCAAGUGUUACGUUUUUGGCAUCUGCCAAGAAAAAGAUUCUUUUUUGGAGCACUCUUUUUUUUCAAAGUACUUAUUAAUAUAUGGUUAUUAGCAUUAAAAUUUAGCUUUUCAUUUGUUUCUCUGUUAAAAAGAAGGGGUAAGAAGAAAAUAUGUAAUGACUAUAAGAAUAAUUCUAUGAUAGUUAACCCCUGUACAGAUAUUAAAUCAAGUAUAUAGUAAAUUAUAAUCACAUAGAGUGUAAUAGUCUUACGACUUGAAGCUUAAGACACAUGAGAUAACGGCAUUGUUAUUUGUCUCUUUAGAGCAAAAGCUUCAAUAAUGGCCUAGUAAUUUGCCCCAGGCCCCAGCACUGGAGUAUAUUAUCAUACUGUGGGCUCCUCCUUCUGAUUAUAUAGUCCAUGUAUUAUCCUUCCGCAAUAAGAUUUCUUAUGUACUGGUUUUUGCAACCUAUGAGUUAGUGUUACAUAUCUUUACAAUGUUGCUAUUUGUGUCAUCUCACUUCAAGAUGUACAAUAUAAUGCAGUUACUCUUCUCACUGUGUCAAAUAAAUGAGGAAUACGUCCCUUUA